AAAGAUGGCAUAUUUAGUAUGCGCGCUGCACUCGAAUGACAAAUAAUCCGAGACUCGCAGUGGUCAUUGCUGUGAGACACUAUCUGCGCCCCGUGAUCGGACACCCAACACUCUCGCUCUCGGUUGGAACUACCGGGGAGCGAAGAUCGGCGGAUCUCCCCCUGACCACCACCCGCUCUCGGAUGCUGAUCCAUUGUCUCGUCGACUUCGGUGGCUUAAUUGAACGCCAACAGUGUGAGCCCAGCGAGCGGUUUAUUAUUGUUCGACUCGGGUGCAGAGCACAGUGGGUCGCGCUGUAUUAAAAGCUUAUUAUAAAUUUGUAAUGAAAUGAGGUGGAACGUAUUCGUGGCAAUAUACCUUUGGUCAUUGGGCCUUCAAAAACAAAAUUAUUAUCUCCCAAUGCUUAAUCAAAAAGCCUUUUAACUAAAUCUAAACUUUCAUCUAAAAUCUAAUUUGGACCAGCAGAUUUAAAUUCAUCUACUUCUUUUUAACUUCUUAAUACUUGUUUGAAUAUUUUUAUUAAACUUUAACGGGAGACAAUGAUUUCUUAACUUAUUUGCUUUAUCGACGCGCAUCCAGGUGUUCCCAAUCCACCUACUGGCUAAUCUAAUUUUCGCCCCAUUUUCCCCUAUCCCAGGACACUGUGCAGCGCUGCUGAGUCACUUGGUGCUCUGCUUGCCACUUGCUCGGAUCGCUGGUGCCAAGUCAGCGUCCGCUGGCGGGGCAGUUGUCGUGCUGGACUCGCUGUGUGUUGAACGCUCUGGUUUUGAUUUCGAAUGCGUGGGAUCGGCUCUAUAUAGACUUGACUCGUCCGAUACCAAAAAAGCCACUAAUUGCCAUACUUCGAGUAUUCAAUUCAUUACUGCUGUUUGCGAUCAGUCUGCUCGGAGUGCCAGCCUCAGGAUGUGGUGGCUACUUCUUCUGCUGUCCCUAAUUGCGCCGUCGUGGCAGGAGAAUGCCACAGUGAUCACUCCCAGUUAUGUGACCAAGGCGGGCUGUGAGGCACUGGUCAAGGAGCCGAAUCUCUGCGAGUGCCAGGAGCAGGAGAUCAAGUGCGAAAACCUCCAGCUGCACAGUGACAAUGUGCAGCUGUACGGCAUUAGCUGCAGCAUUUUCGAUGCCAGGGGAUUCGGCUUUAUACCGCCUCUCAAGGUGGGCAAUAUCGGUUCACUGAUCGUCCAAAACUGCGCCAUUCCAAAUGCACAGAGCAUCAAGUACUUGCUCAGUAAGCUGGGUGUUAGCAACUACACCGAGCUGGAGAUAUUCAACUAUUUCGACCCCAAGAAAACCGAUCGCGGAGAGGUCCUGCAGCAGCAUUACACGGACCACGAGAGUCUCAAGAAGGUCUCCAUCAUUGGAUUCAAGUCUACGCUGCCUGAGAAUUUCUUGGAGAACCUGCCCGCACUUCAGCAGCUCUCCUUGAAGGGCAGCAGCGACUUACCCGGCAACAUUUUGCAUCCUUUGAAGAACCUAACCCACCUGGAAAUUGUGGUCAAGAACUUGGGCAAAGUGUCGGGCGCAAUAUUUGCCAAGCAGUCGAAGCUCAAGCAUCUGAUGAUCGACUGCGAUGCCAAGAACAGCAGUGUCGAAAUGUCCGCCUUCGGACCCCAGGAACUCUGGCACAUGACCGAGCUUCAGUCCAUCGAGCUCUUCAACUGCGGUGACAAUGUGCCAACCGAGCUGUUCUGGAUGUCGGAGCAGUUGGCAUACAUUGGAAUACGGAGCAACAUCAGCUAUUUGAGCAAGGACUUCCUCAAGGUGCAGAAGAAGCUGCUUACUCUGAGAUUGGAGAGGAACAAUAUCGCCAGGCUGCCCGAUCAGCUGUUCAGGAACACUCCUUUGAUCCUGGAGAUCCACUUGGCGUUCAAUAACUUGGAUCGCAUCCAAAGCGGCCUCUUUGACAAGUUGAAGAACCUGCAGGUGCUGAACCUAGAGCACAAUCCGAUAACCACCAUUGCCCUGAACGCCUUCACCCCCAUACCAACUGCCCACAUCUACGUGGGCAAGCUCUUCAAGGCGGCGAAGAAUAAUGCGGACUGGGCCCGAUCCACGAAUGCCACAAUCUGCGAGGAGGAGUAUAUCUACGGGGUGUGCAUCUACUGCAAGCGGGAUGAGUAUCUGGACCACUUUGCCGACUCGGAGAACUGCAACAAGCCGAAUCCGAAGGCGAAGGAUGUGCUGGCCAAGAAGGCCUACGAGAAUCAGCUGAAGGCGAUGCCCACGCACUCCUGGAAAAGGGCCAAGAAUGAUCCCGAGAAGGAGGAGCAGCCCUAAGUUCCGAACGCCUUGUUGGGAUUUUACGCAUCAGUACUAACUAGUUUAUGGAUUUAUGAAUAGCUUACUCCUGCAACUAUAAUGAGAUUAAAGUAGGCUGAAGCUGGGGAAAGCGGAAGCGACAGUGUAUCUACUUGUUGUUUUCCGAAUAACUUAAAAUUAAUACUCUCAUACAUGUUGAUCUGCUAAGUAUCUUCUGAAAAAUAACACGAUUUUAGACUAAAGUUUAAGAGUCUUCUAAUAGCUUGCCACACAAUGAUAUAACAAAGUCAUGAUUAAUUUCAACAAAUGCUAACUAUAUAUACCUUUGUAACUUAAUGUUUGCCG